AUGUCCACAGAUGCGCCAAGCAUGGAAAGCUCUAUGAACUCGAUAAUCGUUCCUUCAUAUAGCACAAUUUUGGAUGAACACGAAGAAGAUGACCUGCUACUCGCUGAGAACGAAUCGCUACGAGCUCGAGUGGUGGAACUGGAGAAAACUGUCAGCAGGCAGCAAAGCGAGCUGAUGCUGUUGCAAACCACAUCAGCGGAUUUGCUUCGACGGUUGGCGAAGCUCGAAAUCACCACCACGCAAAACAGUGGGAUUGCUAACAACGGUUUGAAAGCUGUUCCAAAGUCUCGAAUGCCACCAAAGAAUGUAUCGCAGUCGUCCUAUAACAUUUCGAAAGCAGCCAGUCCUUCCAGAAAUGGGCUUUCUCGGAGCCUUUAUGCUCCAAACUCCAGACACGAACAUCGUACAGACGAGACGUCAGAUCUAAACGAUUCCUUGUCCUCCUUUAAAGGAUUCAGCAACACAAUGGUAAAUGUGUCUGUUGGAAAGAGUUCAAGAGGAUCACCACUCCGAAAAUGGAUGUCACAUCAGAACGUCAAGGGAUCUCCGUCAACUCAUCCUCUAACCCAAGGCACAGCUAGCGGACGUACUACGCCUUCCUUAGUUACCGCUUCUCACCAUCAAUCGUGCUGGGCGGUACCUCGCAGCAUAUCCAGAGCUGGUUCCACGUUUACGUUGUACAGUUCGCCAAGGCUCCCUUCUAAUUCAGGAUGCAACAGUCACGAGCCUAUUUUCAAUGCUUCUUCACACGUCCUUCAGCUACAGGUGGCUGGACGCUCCGUAACUGUUCCAGUACCAACCUCAGUAGAAAACUUGGAUCCAUCCUCGGAGCAGCCUGCGCCAGACACGCCGCCACCCCACCUGGAAUGGGCCUACGGUUAUCGAGGUAAAGAUGUUCGCAACAAUGUUCAUUACUUACCGACAGGAGAAUUGUUGUAUUUUUGUGGCUCAAUAGUAGUGUUACAUAAUGUGGAUGAGCACACACAAAGACAUUACAUUGGUCAUACUAGUGACAUAAAAAGUGUUUGCAUUCAUCCAAACCGAGUUCUGGUGGCAAGCGGCCAGUCAAGCAGACAUCAGAGAGAGAGACAUCCAGAUCUUGAACUUCGCGACCCGUACGUUAGUGCUCUUGCCCUUGAGGACGACUUGGAACACUCACUAACUGAGGCGCAUGUGCGUAUUUGGGACAGUGUGACCUUGGCGACUCUUAAAAUCUUGUCAGGAUCCAGAGCGAUGUUUGAAAAGGCCGUCUCGUGCGUGGCAUUUUCUGUAACUGAUGGUGGAAAUCUGUUGGCAUGUGUUGAUGACUCGUAUCAACACACACUGUCAAUUUGGAAAUGGGCUAACGAAGAAAAGAUAACAGAAGCAAAGGGAGCUAAUGACCAAGUGUUCUCAAUCGGCUGGCACCCGAGUUUAAAGAAUCUAAUGGUUGUCUGCGGAAAAGGACACUUUUCGUUUUGGAUACUGGAUCUAAAGCGAGCGACUCUCACGAAAAAUCCUGCUAUUUUCGAAGUUGUAUCUCAUCCAGCUUGUUUUCGAAAUAGGGAGAAACCAAAAACUGUGCUGUCAAUGUGCUUUUCUGACACAGGAGAAGUGGUGACAGGUGAUUCAAACGGUACGCUUUGCUUAUGGGAUCCAACCACCUACAAGACAACGAAACAGGCGCACGUUGUUCAUCCGGGUGGCGUAUUCGCUCUUUGUAUCAGUCGAAAGGGCACUUUACUGAGUGCCGGCAGAGAUAAAACCGUUGCCGAGUGGGAGGCGACAGAUUUGGUGCGGAGGCGAAGGCCGUUGGAGCUACCGGACGACGCAGGCACUCCAAGAGUGAUUUUGAAUCCGGACGGCAACAGGAUUAUUGUUGGCACAUCUCGGAACACUCUGUUCUCCGGUGAUUUCGAAACGAAAUUCGAAGAAAUUGUGGAUCAUAUUGAACUAAUUGACGAUUUCUGGGUGAUACGGAAGACUGUUCGGCAGUAUAACUCGUCAACUAAACGGAGAGAAUUUCGGAAGAGCUUCGGAGAGGCUAUAACUUGUGCAUCAGCUGAUCCUUCUGGCUCGUUGUUGGUGCUCGGCUUUGGUGCUGGAACAUGGAGCGUGAUGGAUCUUUCCACUCGGGAAAGCAUAUUCGAGCAAAAAGAGGCUUCACAAGCUAUAACGGCUCUGCAGUUUUCGCCAAGUGGUUCCAUGCUUUUUGUAGCGACUAAGGAAUUAUUUGCUGCGGUUUAUCGCUUCGACUCUCCACAACGCUUUCACCGAAUCGCAAGAAUAGGACCUCUAUCGUCAUUUGCCAUUUCCCCAGACUGGGAUGUUGCAUCACGAUAUAUCCGUGCCAACUCCACAGUCGGACAUAUUUAUCACUGGUCAGCAGCAUGUGGCGAAUUGGUGGAUCAUGCGACUGUCCGUGAUGUGGAAUGGGAAACUGGCAAUUGUAGAAUAUCGUAUGAAGCAGGAUGUGUGGCGCAUUCUGUUGAAGGAAUAACUGUAGUUUGUCGUUCACCAUCUAAGAACAGACUGGUUGUAGGUAGAGACAAUGGAUCAUUAAGGCUUUACAGUUGUCCUGUGCAAAGUACCAUUGCUGGCUUUCACGCUUUAAGUGGUCAUGCUCAUGCUAUUUCUACUGCUAGUUAUGUAGGCUCUAACUUGAUCACUGCUGGUGUCGUAGAUGGCACCUUGUUGCAGUGGCAAUUUUGA